AUGCCCCAGGCAGUAGCCGCAAAGAGAAUGACUUCCUCCGAAGCCCUGCGCGGCGUUGAAGAAGAGGAUUCUACUGCUAACAAAAAAUCCGCCCAGUUCUACGAUGUUUAUGGACCCGAAUCCAGCUGGGGUGAAAAGGCUAAGGCAGAUGUUGUAUUCAAGUCACCAGAGGAUAAUUCAACUCUUGAUCUUAAUGAUAUUCAAGGACUUAUAACUUGGGUGUUUGGUGAAGGAUUUAUGCCGUCAUGGGUUUUUAUUAAGAAUAAACCUCUUAUUCCCAAAGUGGUUAUGCUCUAUAUGCCAGGCCUAGAUGCAGCUUUGUUCUUGUCGUUGUCUAAAAUGCUUCGCAAUUUGAAAAAAAUCUGUGGCAAGCCAAGACCUGUCCUAGCUCUUAGCUGUGUGUCAGAUGGUAUGCAGACGAUAGAUGCACUCCUAACAUGCAAAAUAAAAAGAAAAAGGGACGAGAAUAGUUCACUAACCGGGAAGUCUGCGCUGAAAUCUAAUCAAGAAGAAGGUUGUCGUGCUACAGACAGUCUAUCGUUUACUGAGCUUUCAAAAGACAUACCAUUUCCUGUUACAUACUAUACAUUAACUGAGAAAGAGCUGGAAGAGAAUGGAUAUUCUUUAAAUCAGCCAGGUUUUCUUUCUACUUUGCCUGCACCUUUGGGAUCUCCCUUUUAUGAGUUAGUGGCACUUGAUUGUGAGAUGUGGACAUCAAAGGACAGGGCUCAAAUAGCCAAGUGUGAAACAAAGGUUUUGAUAGAUAAAUUGGUUAAACCGUUAAAUGAUAUCAUUGAUUACAACACAAGGUUUAGUGGAAUAACGCCUGCAAUUGCUGAAUCAUUUAAGUUGAAACUAUUUGUUUUUCUGAUUUCAUUUGCUUCCCCUUUUCAGGAAGUGUUCCUAAAGUUUGUUUACAAGGAGACUAUCCUUGUUGGGCAUUCUCUGGAAAACGAUUUAUUAGCAUUGAAGAUAUCUCAUGAUGUGGUCAUAGACACAGCAGUGUUGUACAAACACCCCCGAGGAACGUCUCAUAAAAAAGCUCUGCGGUAUCUUGCUAAGAAAUUUCUUUCAAGGGAGAUACAACAAUCAGGGAAUGGACAUGACAGCAUUGAAGAUGCUAGAGCUACCCUGGAAUUGGCACUAUUGAAGAUUAUAAAUGGGCCUGAGUUUGGUUCCCCUCCAUCCUUUACAAGGAAAAAGUUCCUCUCUAUUCUGAGUGAGUGUGGCAAAACUUCCUCACUGAUUGAUGAUAUAUCCAUAGUAAAACGGUUUGCCUCUGAGUCCUCUAAUGCAAUUCCAGUGACCUCUGAUGAUGAAGCACUCGCAAAGACCAACAAGGAGGUGAAGAAUGAUAAGGUACAUUUUAUCUGGACUCAGUUUUCGGAGCUACACUCGUACUUGAAGAAGCAAGCUGAAGAUUCUGAGAGCUUGCAUGAAAGACUUGCAGAGAUGAUGGCAUUGCAAACGUGUCAGAACAAUUCUGCUAAAAGGAACGGCUUUAAGUUGAAAGAACCUGCUGAACUGAAGGAAAUUAUGGCUCGGAUGGAUGCUAGAAUUCAUAAUCUAUAUUUGUCAUUACCCACAAAUGCUAUGAUGAUAAUUUUCACUGGUCAUGGAGACACUGCUAUUGUCCGCAGGUUGAGGAAAAUGCUUACGGAGCAGAAUGAACUUAAUUUAUGUCGUGAAAAGAUUGUGGAAAUUUUGGCAGAAUUUCAGGCCCAAGCUGAAGUAGCGUUGUGUUUUGUAGGUGUAAAGCAUUGA